UCCACUUCUCGCCGAGGAGGCGCACAACACACAGCUCCUCUGUAUCCUGCUACGCCGCUCGCAAUAUAAAGGGGGCCGGACCACACGGAAAACGGGGAAAACAGGAAAAGCAAAACAUUGUUUUUUGACAGGAUGACCAACACUUUCCUAAACAUGGCGUCGAUAGGCGACUUCGACCCGCUCAACGCGUCUAUUCCUGCCACCAAAGUUGAAAUCACAGUGUCCUGCAGAAACCUGCUGGACAGGGACACCUUCUCCAAAUCAGACCCAAUUUGUGUCCUCUACACACAAGGCAUGGGCAACAAGGAGUGGAGAGAGUUUGGGAGAACAGAGGUAAUAGACAACACGCUAAACCCAGACUUUGUGCGGAAAUUCAUUUUGGACUACUUCUUUGAAGAGCGACAGAACCUCCGAUUUGACUUGUAUGAUGUCGACUCGAAGAGCGCCAACCUGUCAAAACACGAUUUUCUGGGCCAGGCCUACUGUACUCUCGGAGAGGUGGUUGGAUCAUUGGGCAGUCGCUCGGAAAAAGCUCUUGGAGGCAUUCCAGGGAAGAAAUGUGGGACCAUUAUUGUGAAAGCUGAGGAGCUGAACAACUGCAGGGAAUCAGUGAUGAUGCAGUUCUGCGGGAACAAGCUGGACAAAAAGGAUUUCUUUGGCAAAUCCGACCCCUUCCUGGUCUUCCACAGGAGCAAUGAGGAUGGCACGUUUACCAUCUGCCACAAGACAGAGGUGGUGAAGAACACAUUGAACCCAGUGUGGCAGGCCUUUAAGAUCCCUGUCCGGGCUCUCUGCAAUGGCGAUUAUGACAGAACGAUUAAGGUUGAGGUGUACGACUGGGACAGAGACGGCAGUCACGACUUUAUUGGAGAAUUCAGCACCAGCUACAGGGAACUAUCCAGAGGGCAGAGCCAGUUUAACGUCUACGAGGUGAUAAAUCCAAAGAAAAAAGGGAGGAAGAAAAAAUACCUCAACUCUGGAACGGUAACGCUGCUGUCAUUCCUGGUGGACAUUGAAGUCACCUUUCUGGACUACAUCAAAGGAGGGACCCAGAUUAACUUCACCGUGGCCAUUGAUUUCACAGCUUCCAAUGGCAAUCCAGCCCAGCCCACAUCCCUCCACUACAUGAGUCCCUACCAGCUGAACGCCUACGCAAUGGCCUUGAAGGCAGUAGGAGAGAUCAUCCAGGAUUACGACAGCGAUAAGAUGUUUCCCGCACUGGGCUUCGGAGCCAAGCUGCCACCUGACGGACGGGUCUCCCACGAGUUUGCCUUGAACGGGAACCCUCAGAACCCGUACUGUGCUGGUAUUGAGGGUGUGAUGGAGGCCUACUACCAGAGUCUGAAGUCAGUGCAGCUCUACGGACCCACGAACUUCUCCCCCGUCGUCAACCACGUGGCCAGGUAUGCAGCUUCAGUGAAGGACGGCUCUCAGUACUUUGUGCUCCUCAUCAUCACAGAUGGCGUCAUCUCAGACAUGGCUCAGACCAAGGAGUCUAUUGUCAAUGCCGCCUGUCUGCCAAUGUCCAUCAUCAUCGUGGGGGUGGGGCCUGCAGAAUUUGAUGCCAUGGUUGAGUUGGAUGGCGAUGAAGUCAGAAUCUCAUCCAGAGGAAGAUACGCUGAGAGGGACAUUGUUCAGUUUGUCCCAUUCAGAGACUACAUCGACCGGACGGGGAACCACAUCCUGAGCAUGGCCCGACUCGCCAAAGACGUCUUGGCUGAGAUCCCCGACCAGUUCCUGUCCUACAUGAGGACCCGCGGGAUCAAGCCGUCGCCAACGCCGCCUCCCUACACGCCGCCAGCGCAACCCAUCCAAACCCAGAUAUGAGAAGCCGGGGGGAGACAGGUUUCGGAGACAGGGGUCAGCUGAACUUUACGAGCGAAAUACUUCCAUUUCCCUAAAGGCCGCUCUCCAUGCCUUGUCGUCGUGGAUCACGUGUUCAGGAGGCUGCAUGUCGGGCCGGGAGAGUGUCGAGGAAAAGCCAAUGAGAGUCUGUUUACUUCCACUGUCAAGCAUUCCUGUGACUGUCUGGAUUUUUUGGGGGGGCUGGGGUAACGCGGAGAGGCAGAGAGUCUGAAUUUAAUCUGGGAGGAAAAGAAGGAAUGAAGGAGGAAAUGAAGGACAGCUUUCGAAACAAAGAGAAUGUCCCCAGACAAAACAAAGGAAUCACUUGAUGAACUCUUUCUGUAAAUAACUGGACAUAUGUCACUUCUUCUUUCUCUGUCUCUUUCUCUCUAUCUCUCUACAACUCACUCAUUGUUUACAGUAAACGCUGACAAGGAUUUUUACUGUUGAUACUUUUAUAUACACACAGUUUCAGUAUGAAGCUUGUAAUAUUCUCUCUCCUUCUCUCUCUCUCUCUCUCUCUCUCUCUCUCUCUCUCUUUCUCUCUCCUGGCAUGUGUGUCAGGUAGCAGCAGUGCAGGUCCUGGUAGCCCCUCUGUACUGUACCGUACCGUGCUGUACCGUACCGUACUGUAUUCUGGUGUUUGUAAUAACCUUUUGCAUGAGUGUAGCCUCAGUCAAGUGCAUGCAUAUAGUGGCCCUGCACUACCUCUUCUAUCCAUCUACUCAUCCGUCUGUCUGUCUGUGGGGGGUGAGUGUCUGUCUGCCUGUAUCCAUUUGUCACUUCACCCUCUCUGUCUGUCUGUCUGCACUGCUCUCAGGCCUGAGAAGUCUAUCUAUCUGUCUCCCUGUUGUACCUUUUCUUCUCAUCUAUAUCUCUCAUGUUCUUUCCUUUCUUUUAUGCCUCUGUCACUUUAACCAGCUGUGUUUCCAUCCAACUUUCUUUUUUUCUUUUUGCGAGUUAUAAUAGACGAGCUGAAAAGAAAAUGCAUCAUUUUUAUGCUCAUCAGAGGACAGACGGAUUUUAUUACCGAAUGUAGAAGAGCAAAGGAUUGCCCUUGGUUCACCAGACAUAAUCAGCUUGAUAAAUGGUGCAGAUUCCGAAAUGAACUUUAAAAUAUAAAAAUGUUCCACGCUUCUUCCCAGAGAUGUUUUAUCGUGUAUAAGGGGUCCAACAUCUUCAAAAAGCCAGGAUAUGUACAUUACUGGUAUUUUUUAAUUGUGCUUGCAGCGUGGCUCUAGGGAUGAAAGUGUCAGUCAGCCCACCACUUUGGUCAACACUGAAAAACCUCAACAAAUGUUGGAUAGAUUGCCAUAAAAUUAAGCAUAAAUAUUCAUGUGAUUUUUCAUCUAGCACCAUUAUCAGGUCAGAAUUAAAAUUUCCACAGUACUUUGUUCUUUGAUAAAAUACCUGAAAACCUAAAAAAAACCCUGACAUUCCCGUCCUCAGAUGUACUCGGUGUUUAGCAUGCUAACAAACUAAGAUGAACAUGGUAAACAUUAUAUCUGUUAACAUGUUAUUGUGUUUGCCACUAGCAUGGCUGUAGACUCUUAAGGCUGACUUAUAGUUGUAUGCAGACUCUACACAGAGAAUACACCAUCGUCUACACAAGUGGUCUACACCAUUGCGAGCAUUUGUACUUUUGCAGUGGUAUGUCUGUGUUGCUUUGCAAUUACAUUCCAAAAUAUUAGUUCACAGUGGCGUUUCUGGAACACUGCGUUGAGUGUCUGUGAAGUGCCGUAAAGUUUGAUUGAUUCAAUUAACGGACCUAAAACACACAUAACACAUGACUCAAUAGCAACAACAUUUAACAAAAGUACGAAAUUCGGCUCUAUUUUAAUUCACAAGGUUCACAAACUAAACACUUGUCUUUUCCGAGACAUGUUUCCCACAUAAAUACAACAUGCUAACGAUAUUAGCAUAAGCCUAUGACAUUUUACAUUGCAUGAAUUAGCCAAGCAGCUAGCGGACUUUUCCUUUACUCAUAUUAAGCAGAGGACAACAGCAACAUUUAACAAAGGUAACAUUACAAAAUUAGGCUCCUUUUUUAACUCACAAGUUUCAACGACAAAAUAAUAGUCUUAUUCUAGACAUGUUUUUCCCACAUAUGAACAUGCUAACAUUAUUAGCAUAAGCCAAUGAGAUUGUAUUGCAGAAAUUAGCCUAGUGACUAGCAGAAUUUUCCUCUACUCACAUGAACUCAGGAUGAAUCACACGCAACAAGAAACAAGUUGUUUCUUAUCUCUGAAAUAAAUUUAAAUAAAGCUUCGCUCCCACUAAUGGAAAUGGUUUUUCAGUUUACAGGCGCUGCUGCAGCCUGUAGAUUCAACACAGGAGUUUAAACCUGGCUUUAGUCUUGUGCUUUGUGUCAAAGAAACCGUACAGUAUGGCCAACGUUAGCAAACAUUUAACAACAAAUGUUUUACUUUUUUACAUUUCAAAUUUGUUUGCUUUAGCCACGAUGAUGAAGAUUCAAAUGGUGCAGUUUCUGUGUCCAGCAUGUCAUAUUCUUGCAUUGCUUUCUUUUUUACAUCUGAGUGGAAGCUUGGCUACUCUGUCUCUCUCUCUCUCUGUCUCUGUUCUCCUCCAAACUGCCUUGGCAAUAUGAUGCCCACAUGCCCAGGGGUUCCGUCUCAUCGUGUCGUCCAACACCACAUCCCCGCCUCAUGUUUAAAACGACAGCAGCUGCUCUCAAACUAAAUACUGUUUGAGCAUAAAGAGCCCAGUGGUCAAAAAUGCAGAGAAAAAACACACUUUCCCUUUGUUGGCUUUUUGUUCCAUUUGAUUUUUUUUUAUUUGGGUGUGUACUUUUUAUUGCACCUUUAGCUUUGAUAUAGCUUUUUAUAUGUUUGUUUUUAUGAUGUGUAUUUUUAUGUGCCAAUCAUGUGUAAAAGGAUGAUUUGUGUGAAUCCUGUCAGUCACUGAGGAUGUCCGACAAGUUUCCAAUUUAACAUAGUUUCUAAAUGAAGAAUGAGUUCUGUUUGAAUGUGGAAGGAUUGUUCAAUGUUGUUAUGAACGAGUGUUUCAAUGAUAAGUUAACAUGUUUUAAUGUGAAUGAGAUUUGUCUUUUAAAACAACAUUCUGUGAAAUGUUUGAGAGAGUUUUUGAAAGUCUUACAAAAAGUGGGAAUGCAGGAACAUUUUAACAUUUAUUGGACUGUGAGUGAAGUAUGUCGCAGCACCAACAAUAUGAAAGGAUAUUUAAGCGUUGCCGUGAUGUUAAAGCUUAGUAAUUUUGUUGUAUGAACACCCUGAAGUAGUCUUAAAAUUAUGGCACAGACAUUAUCAUUAUCGGGAUUUUGUAUGAAGUAAUGUAAAGCUCAUGACCACCACAUUAUCCGCUGACUCACUCUGAUGUCUUACAAAAUGAAGACUUUUCAAUGAAAAUAUUAUGUAUUAUCAAUAA